CCUAAUAUCUUCCUUGAUCUACGCCGCUCACCGAUAACCUUGACGCGCGCUGCCCUGCAACAACCUCUGCUCGCGGCUGCCCAUCAUAGUCAAAACUCGCGCAACGGAUUCAAGCCCCAAUGGAUAUCAAUAUCCGAGAGCUCAAGUCUUUGGAGGUGGACGAGAAGAUUCCGGAGUCUGCAGACCAAUACUAUCCCACUUUUCUCCGAAUAUCUGAUGUUAGCAGAGUCGCUGAAGGACUCACGAAUUCAAACUACCGAACAGAUGUUAUCAAGCAGCUAACGACAGUAGCUGCCAGACUCCCAAUCAUCUGGGCGAUCAGGGACACAGAGGCCAGAUUGCGCGAGCUAGGAACUGCAAAACGCUUUUCAGAUCGUACAUGCAACCGGUUGAAGGACUUCGCCGACUAUACUUACCAGACCAAAAAUCGCCAGAAAGACAAGGAUUACAUCGAGAAACAGAAGCUCUUACGAACAGUGGAUUGGAAAGUAUUCAGGUUCCAUUGUAUAGCCUUUCCAAUAGAGAAAACCAGGAAUAUGAAUCUCAAUCGCCUGCGGCAAGUCCUUGAACUGGAGAAAUCUCGCAUAGAAUCUUAUGGGUGGGAGCGUUACUUAAAUCGCAUAGAGUUCAACAAUGCCCUCGCCGUACACGCCUCAGAAGCCCGCUACGGGCCACGGGGUCUCUAUGACCAAAGCUACGAGGCUUUCAAGGCCGCACAGCCAGCGGCGCCCAUAGAACACAUUCCGAAAGACCACCAAGAUGAAAUCCCCCCAGUAGCUGUUGCUGAUUAUCAAGGUAUGUAUUCUCUCUCAUCCGAAGUUUUACUAAGCACUCACUAGGCCCACCUAUACGCGAACUACAUGGACAAGUGUAUCAGCUCAGUGCAGCGGACCUUAGAGAUACCGUCUAUUCCUAUAAAGGUGCUGGCAAACCUAUCAUCAUGACCGUCCCAGUCUCAAUCACACACCCGCCCUUUAUACUUUUCACUACCACAAAUACGAUGACUAUGAAAUUCAUGCAACGCCCAAUACCGCAGAACGAUCAAAUGAGUCGCCUGAUAAGGUCUGUGGUAACAUCUUGGUCGUACCAGCCGCUAGCUGGUGAAUGUUGGGUGUGUUCACCGCAAGGUUGCUGGGUGCAUCUUUUCACUUUAGGGCGGCUUCGAUUGUGCUCGGAUCACGAAGCAUGCCAAAUGUGCCAGCCGUGCUGGAUAUCUAGGGGAGGAAUUGUCAACAGAUAGCUCUUAUACGUAACAAAUAUAGUAUCAUAUUAACAA